AACAGUUUAGCAAACGAAACAUUCCCUGACAAUGAACGUCUCACCUUUCGAUGUAGAUAGCAGGUAAAAAAAAUUGUGUACCAGGUAAUAUAUUGACGCUGUAGAAGCGAUUUACAUGAUAAUUUCAGCGUUUAAGGUGCCUUUUCUACAUUAACUUACAGCAUGGGUUACGCACAGCUGAUUUGGAAAGUCAGUCAACCGAGUAAACUAUUAACAUUUCACGUAAAUAAGGCUCAGUAACGUUAAAUUAACUAGCUAAAUUAAACUUAAAUGUGUUUCACCUCUUCUUAAUGUUGACUCUGUGAUGUUAGCCAUAAAGACGAUCGUCUCAGAGCAACAACGCCAUCAGGAGCUCAACGGGCCUGAGGAGCUGGAACAGACAAAAGUCAAAUUUAACAUGAACAGUGACUCCAAAGUUAGUCCGAAGGAUAAUGUGCCCGCUUUACCGGUAAUGUGGGACUCCUUGGAGUCAGAUACUGAGAGUUUGGUGCAAGAGAAGGAGUACCAGCGAGACCUUCAGAUGCGCAUUGACCUUCUCUCUGCUGAGAACCAUAAACAUGAUGUUAAGACUGACAGUGAAGAACCAAACCAUCUUGAUGUUCAGGACAGUCUGGAUUUGAAACCAAGACGGGUGAAAGGACCACAUGUGCCAUUGAGGCAAGAUGAAUACGCCGACUUGCGCUACGACCCGAACUGGAGGAACAAUCUGGAAGGGGCUUAUUUUCUCAACCGGCUAAAUGCGAGACUCUCUCUCGACUCGUUUGAGGAGUCUGAAGAUAGUCUUGAACCCUUGGAGAAUGUGCCUUUAGGUAGCAGGCAAGAGUAUGUUGUUUUCAGUAACCCGGCCACGGUUCAGAUGAACAAUGCUUUAUCCCCACCACCUUCAUCUCCUUUCCACCUGCACCCGCAACAGGAAGACAUUCUCGAUUCCCCCGAAUCCAAAACUUCUUGCUUGUCCUCUGAAGGCACACCACGGGAUAAUGGAGAGCAUCUAAAUGUCAAAUCAGUUCACACCCAGAAGAGAAGAUCUCAACAUCCUUCUAAUCCAAGGCCAGUGAGAACUAGGGAAGACAUUGUGGAACGUAACAAAGCAACUCUUGGUAUCAACACACAUAAGCAUGGGUCGUACCUAAGAGCUCAUCAGCAAAAAGAUAAAACAGAUGAAACAAAGCAGCCCAGGCAAACCUCCUACGAGACUAUCAGCACUCACAGCCCGGAGAGUCAAGACAAUGUCUGGGAUCCCGAGCUGAUGUGGCUCCAAAAAACACAAAAACUGAAGCAGAGCCAUAAAGAAAAGAAGGAACCGAAGAGAAAGGAGCGAACCAGCAACCACCCAGAUCAGCUCAAGCCUCCAGUUCCUGAUUCCAAACCCAAAGUGCACCUUAAACCCCUAACAGAGAGACACGUCAUCAGCGCUGAUCACCUACCGCAUGACUCUGAGGAAGCUUACACCCAUGACCCGCCACAACACCAAUCUGGACUUCCGUCUCGCACUCAUGCUCCUCCGACCGUCAACCUUAACAUAAACCUCCACGCACCUGCCAAUGACACACAGCCUCUGAAUCUUUCCCAGAGAGAGACCAUUUUUACUCUUGUUUCUCAAGCUCUACAAUGGGAUAGGCCUGAUCUGUUUAACCCACCCUUUUUACAACAAGGUUAUCAAUUUUACCCAUAUGUGCCUCCUAAUUCAGUAGGGCAGAUGGGAUUGGCUCCAAAAGCAGGUGUAUCUUCACCAGCCCCCAAGUCUGGAGUGGUACAAGCUGUGAACAGAAAUGUUCCUCAGAGGCAUGCUGGGAAACUUACCCCCAAUAUGUUUGAAAAGGCAUCAUCCAAGAAUAACAACAGACUCAGGGUACCAAUGCUACAAUUGCCCACGUCACCUCAGCUUGAGGCCAGCCACAGUCCCCCCAAGCUUUUGCCCAAUGAUGAGGAGAGCAUGGGACCCUGUGCGCCCCCAACACAAAUCUCUGGUCCUUACACAGUGCUGCCCCCUAUAGCCCGAGCUAACGGCAGCGACACUGAAAUCUGCUCAGAUAGAUCAGAGCAGCAUCUGAAUCCAAUCCACAGGAGCAGCUCGGAAGGAUACCUAUCACAAAUGGAAAAGCACAGGCAGCUGAAUGCUAAAUCAAAUUAUAAGGUUUAUACACUGAAGGACUACAAAAACAUGAAACAGGAGGUGAAGCUUGGAGGUCUUGGACCAACAAACACAAUAUCAGAAGCUGUGGCAGAGAAAAUUAGACGACAGAAGCUGUAUUCAAAUGUGAUCCGCGAACAGAACAAGAAGAUAAGUAGGAUUCCCUCUCUGUCGGCCAAGGACUCAGUGGGCAGUGACAACAAGGACACCGUUCCCAGGAGGAAGGCUUUAGAAUAUGCCAAAACUAUUGUAAAGCCCAAACCCCCUCCAAAGCCAAAGGAUAUACCCAGAGAGCAGAACGUGAGCGCGCGGACUCAGUAUCCACAGGAAAUGGACCCAUUCCAUCUGGCCACUCUGGAGAUGUUGAGACGGCACGAGGAAGAGAAACGUGCCGUGGCUCGCUUCAGAACCAUUCAUGCCGUUUAAUCUAGAGACUUUAUUUUCUAAAAAGCAACACGAUGAUCAGCUGCACUUCUGUAGAAUCCUUAUUUUUCCUGGCUUAAGUUUGUGUGUACUGUAUAUAUGCGUAACGCUCAUUGUAAUCCUGCUCGGUUGCAAAGCACUGGAAGUGGAACAGGUGUGUAGCACAUAAUCCACUGCUACUCAUUUCGAAAACAAUUUUUCGCUAUAAAGAAAUCCCGAAUGAAAUGCUGUGGGGUUUUGUUGCUUGGCUUUGCAUUAUCCUGCUAUUUUCCCCUUGUUUCAAUAGGUCUGUGCACAAGAGCACCAAUCUCUUCAAGCACACCUGGAUGCACCGUUAACCCAGUGUAACGUGCCGUUUUCUGUCAGUUCCCGGCUAUUAGUCUGAUUAUAUCCACUUUCGCCUGCCCUUUUCUUUCACCGAGAGAAAAAAAUAGGUCAAAUAAGGAUGACACUUUGAAGCCUCCCUUAUUAGAGCCCACAAACUUGUUUUCUGUAUUUUAAAGUGAUAAUUUUCCCUCUAAAACAAGCUCAAGCACCUAUUUCUUUAAUGGAAGCUUUAGAUCGUUAUCAAAGAGCUAUUUACUCCUAUGUAAUAUUUUAAUUAGAUUAUAGCCUCUAUUUAACCCAUCAUGUCUGCUUUGAUACUCUGUGUUUUCAGUGUUAAGCCUCAGAGGCGAGGCUAAUAAAUGCUGGACCUUUUGAAUUAAUGAGAAAUGCUGCCUUUCCAGACCGACUCUCUUUGCAUCUUUUUUUUUUCACUCUCUCUCUCUCUCUCUUUCCUGCCAUUGAAAUCAGUUAAUUGAAGGGGUCUCUCUCAACCGCACAUGAAGGAGGUUGAAUUAGCAUCCCUUUUUACGGAUUGGGAGACUGAGGCAGGCUUUGAUCUGUGGACAGUGCUGAAGGAGGCGGCAGGCCCCUGAAAAUGAGCUGAUGGCUCUGCUAUUAGAGCAACAUGCAGAUGCGUCCAUGUGUUGCAAAACGCUUAAUCUUUUAAUUGAUCACCUUCCUCACGGCCUAUUCUCUUGCAGUGUUUUAUUUUCCCCGGCUAAAUCAGAAUCACGUUUUGAAAACGACAUGAAUUGCUUUUCAAAGGGUGGAAGUGUGCCACAUACCCUGUUAGAGUAAAAAAAAAAGCGCUGUUGCCGCAAAUGAA